AUGAUCUGGGCGACGGACAAGAUCGGAAUGGGGCUGCUCCUUGAUCCAGCAUUGAGCAAGCCUUCCAAUCCAGAUUUCUAUGGCACUGAAGACGACGGGGUUGGGCUGAGCGGCUGCUACAACGAACAUGGGCAGGCUGUCCAUGCCGAGAUAGGAAGCACCUCGAUCAUUACUAAGGCGGGGUACAAGGCCGACGCCUUGCUGACGUCCUUCCACAAAGACGCCGAUCCUGAUACAUACUGCGGUUCAGUUAUGCCGGAUAUUAAAGAUACUCUUAGAGAAGGAGCAUACUUCGGCUUCAGCGUCCAUCCGUUCGAGACGAUUUUCGUCAAAACGAACCGAGGGAUCAGUCCCUCGCUGGUCACGGCUUUCACUCAAUGGUCGGGAGAUAUGGGGUACUCAAGCUACGAGAGGUGCAAAGCAUAG